AUGUUCGGAGCCGCAGCCCCCGGGACAGCUGCAGGGGGGGGCCUCUUCGGCUCGGCCUCACAGACCCCAGCAGCAACAGGAACAACCACCGGCCUCUUUGGGGGUGGUGGUACAACAGCAGCAGCAUCAGGAACAACACCAGCAGCAGGCACAGGAGUAGCGAAUACAGGCGCUGCAGCUAACACCGCAGGGGCCCCAGCCACAGGUGGAACAGGCUUUGGUUUGUUUGGGGGGGCCUCCUCAACUACUCCUGCAACAAAUACUACAGGGGGGGGCCUCUUCGGGUCUACUGCUACUGCUGCUCCUGCUGCUUCUGCUGCUCCUGCUGCUGCUUCCGGGGGCCUCUUUGGGAAUACCACUACCGGCACUACUGGGGGGGGCCUCUUCGGCAGCAGCAGCGGAGCGAACGCAGCAACAGGCACAGGAGGAGGGGGCCUCUUUGGUGGUCUUUCCACGGGUACAGCUGCCCCCAGCAAUACUGCUGCUGCAACUCCUGCAGCAGCAACAACGGGGGGCCUCUUCGGUACCACGGCAGCAACAGGAACAGCAGCACCUGGUGCAGCAACAGGGGGAGGCCUCUUUGGGGCUCCCAAGCGUACAGCAUCAACUCCGACAACAGGGGGUCUCUUUGGCAGCAGCACGAACACCGGGGGUGGUCUCUUUGGUAGUAGUAGCAGCAGCAGCAGCAACGCCACCAGCAGCAACACGGGGGGCCUCUUCGGCAGCAGCAACACGGGGGGAGGCCUCUUCGGCACUAGUAGCAGCAGCAGCAAUACUGGCGGAGGCGGCCUGUUUGGAGGCAGCAGCAACACUGCCAGCAGCAGCAGCAGCAGCAGCAGCAACGGGAAGGGAAUCAACAUAAGCACAGCGGCAUUUGGGGCGAUAGACUGGCGUGCUGCUGCGCUGCUGCCGCGGCAGCCCACACUAGAGAGUCUGGGUCGGGUGCUGCAGCAGCUGCCUCAGGGGGCCCGCGAGGUGGAGAUACACCUGAGAGAGCAAGAGAGACAGCUGGAGUCUCUGCAGGCCCAAACCCUCGCCUUAAAGAAGUCGUUCGGAUCCUUAGAGGGAGGCCUGGCGGCAGAGGCAGCGAGGGUAGCGGCUGCGGGGCACCGCGUCGCCGUAGCUAGCCGCCAAAGCAACGCCGUGAGGCCCUUGCUGGAACGCGACAAGAAUGUUUGUCUUCAAGUUGAACAGCUGUAUCAGCAGCUCGUACAGAACCUCGCCGUUGCUGCAACAGGUGCUGCAGCACAAGGAGCAGCUGUGCCGUGCGCGCUGCCUUUACAGGUCCCGUGUGCACUGGCUACGCCCUGCAUCCAGCAGCUGCUGCAGUCUGUUGAGGCAGCCCGGGAGCGGCUGCAUCUGUUGGAGGCUCAGGUUCAAGAGCUGCGUUGUGCCCAGGAGGGGGGCCCCUCCGAUGGAGGUGUGCAUGCGGGGUCGGGUGUGGUGGUUGUUUUUGGCGUGCUGUUGCUGCAUGGGGCUGUGUCUGCUGUUGCUGCUGCUGCUGCUGCUGCUGUUGCUGCUGUUGCUGCACCGCAGGCGCUUGUAUUAGUGGAGGCGGCGCAGGAGGCCCAGGAGGCCCUGGAGCAGGCAGGAGUUAAGGUGCUGCCUCCCAGCGAAGAUGAAGAGCCAGCAGACAUGCAACCCACCCAAGGAGAUAAAGCGUCUUUGGGUGGAGGCGGGGGGGCCCUCCUGGGUACUAACACUUCUCUGCUCGGCAGCCUCCAGCAGCCCAGCACACAGACAGGAGGGGGGGGCCUCUUUGGAUCGUCAGGGGCCCCACAGGGUGGCGGCGGUGGUUUGUUUGGUGGGGCCUCUGGCGGUCUCUUCGGUACACAGAACACAGCCCAGCAGCAGCAGCAACAGCAGCAGCAGCAGCAGGGGGCCCCUGCCACAGGAGGUUUAUUUGGGACGACAGGUGGGGGGGGCCUCUUUGGUGCUGCAACAAAUGCUGCAGGUGGUGGCGCGCAGACAGCAGCAGGAGCUGCAGCACCAAAGACGGGGGGCCUCUUCGGCAGCUCUAGCACAGGAGGUGGGGGCCUCUUCGGUUCGGGGGGCCCCCAGGCCACCACCACCACCGGGGGAGGGGGCCUCUUUGGGGCCUCCAGUAAUACUCAGCAGGGUACUGGGGGGGGCCUCUUCGGCAGCAACCAGCAGCAGCAGCAGCAGCAGCCGCAGCAGCAGCAAACCACAGGGGGCCUAUUUGGGUCCACCACAACAACACCGAGCGGUGGGGGUGGGGGCCUCUUUGGGGCCUCCACAGCGGGGACAGGUGGGGGGUUGUUCGGUAACACCCAGCAGCAGACAAACACUGCAGGGGGAGGGGGCCUCUUUGGGGCCUCGACCAACAACCAACAGGGUACUGGGGGGGGCCUCUUUGGGGCCUCCAGCAACACUCAGCAGGGUACUGGUGGCGGGGGCCUCUUUGGGGCCUCCAGCAAUACUCAACAGGGUACUGGGGGGGGCCUCUUUGGGGCCUCAACUGGCACACAGAAUACUGGGGGGGGCCUCUUCGGGGCCUCCACAGGCACACAGAAUACUGGGGGGGGCCUCUUUGGGGCCCCUAAGACAGGACAAACGGGGGGGGGCCUCUUCGGUAACACCCAGCAAGUUGGGGGGGGUCUGUUUGCGCUUGCUGCAGCAGCAGCAGCAGCAGCAGGUGCAGCAGCAGCAGCAGCAGAAACUUUUGUGUCUCUACCGCUUUGUCGGCCGGAUGAAGAACCGAACGACCCGCCAAUGUCACAAACAGCAUCAGCUGUUGCAGUCAGAAGGGGAGCUCUCGCGGGAGCUGCAUAG